AUGGCCCUGAUCCAGUGCCAGAGCCAUCUCCCACCCAGCCAGAAGGAAUGGCAGAGUCUGAGCGCCGCUUUGGACAAGUGGGAGAGCUCCCGCACCCUGCUCGCCCGGACCUCGCUGACCGCGGUGCCGCACUGGGAGCACGGCAGGGAACAGGUAGACCCGCCAUAUUGGACGGACUUCCUGCGCAGCACCGAUGACCUGAAGCGGACUAUAGGCAAAGCGCUGCAGGGGGCGAUGCCCGGUGAGGCCCCGCUCGCAGCAUUUGUCGUUGCUGACAGGUUGAUGGGUCGGAGCCGCUUCUGUGCAAGCCGGGCCUGGUAUCUAAGCAACCGGCGGUACAUCAUCAACGCUCGUGAGUUCACGGCCCUACAGAAGCUCAUCGCCUACAUCUUGGGGCCACAGCAAGGACAUCUUCAGCGCAUUGAUCGUGAUCGCGCAAUGGUCAUGUCAUGUGGAUGCAACUUCCCACUGUACAUCUCCGCAACCGAGGCAGAGCACCACCGUUUCGCAACCUCCCGAGAGAGGUUCCUCUAUGCGUGCGAUUUCCUGGCGUACCCGGCUCCUGUUGCUUUCUAUCAGGACCGCCGGAUCAUCUGUCCAUGGGUGCAGCCAGGAGGUGCUAUCGACGUCUGCCAGGGCGUGCACCUGUCCGUGUCGGUGGAAAGCCCUGGGGCCAUAGCCAUCUCCUGCACCCAAUCAAGCGGCUGCCCUCCAAACUACCGGAACCAGCUGACCAAGAGGUCUCCGCUGGCAACGGACGCAGAGUUGGAGCGGUACAUCCAGAAGGCACAGCGCAUGGAACUUGUAGCCUUCAUUGGCAAGAACUUGGGCUCCUUAGACGCCGAGUUCCCAUUCGCGCAGUCUUCAAACGUCGUCAUGGUGGACGAUGCUGAAAUGGUUGAGAAGAUCCUGCAGGUGUCGGACGAGCUCAACUUACAGUUGCGGACAGAUGAUGUUACACAUCUGGGGCGAAGUGCCGUUUUCCCGUUCUCCUUCCCGCCGGCUUUGUGCGACGAGGAAAGGCUGCUUCAGGAAACGCUGAUCGAAACCGGAGAUGCGUUUGCCACUUCGUCUGCAGCACGGGACUUUGCCACGGCGACACUGGCGCAGCAUGGCAUUGGCUCGAAGUCUUUGCUGACCCUGGGCGAAGGUGACUUCGAGCAGAUGCUGCAUUUCGACGACACCGAAGACGAGGUGUUGGCGAGAGCGCGCGACUUGGUGGCGAAUGCAAUGAUGGAGCUGCGGCGCGUUGAAGCAGUUUCCCAGUGGAUCUCAGAAGAGCUGCUAUGCCAGGACGUCCUCCAUCAAGUGUGGGAAAAGCUGAAGCUGAAGGCAGAGUGGGCGGAGAUUUCAAGCCGCUGGAGCCAGAACUUCGCGCCACCACCGCGCAAGUCGAAGAACAAGAAGAUGCGGCAGAAGGAGAGGGACGAGGAUGAAGCCAUCGAUCCCGCAAAGCUGGCGUCGCGCCUUCAGCAGGCGGUGGUGGACAUGGACAAGAAGGUUUGGAAGUGCCGCACGUACCACAAGUACUUCUGCCUGCUGCAGCGCAGGGGCCUCCUGGACUACUUCGACAGGCGCCUGGAGGAUGGGGCGCGGAUGGUUCUUCACGGACCUGGGGUUCGAUCCGUAUCCUUCGUGCGACCGCACGGAUGCAGCAAGCCGGAUUGCCGGCCGCCAAAGAUUUCCCCGUGA